GGAUUACACGAGCCAGUUCGUUUGGAAUAUUCGUACCAGUUCCAAUGUGCACGCGGUAGUAAUUUCAAUUUUGUAAACAAAAAUAAAAGCAUGCUGGCUACCGUGAGUGAUAAACAAUAUGCAGCAGAUGCUCGCUAUACAAACUUUUAUGCCGGGCACGAUAUUGCCUGGGCUGAAAAUGGAGAGCAUAUUUAUUGUUUGAAUGGCGAUGUUAUAAAUCAAGUGAAUGUGGAAACAUCGCAAAUUGUGUGCAGCUUUGGAGUAAAUGUAUCCGAUGGUAGCGAGAAAUCCAAAGCCUCUGAUGGACUCGACGAUGCUAAGAUGGACGAGGACAACAUCAAUUGCUUUGCAAUGUCAGGUGAACAUUUGGCGGUUGCACAUGGCAGCGGCUUGCUACGCCUCUGGGAGCUGAGUACGAGAAAGUUGGUAAAACUUUGGAAGAGCCAGCACAAGGGACCCGUUGUGCGCAUCGAGUUUAGCGCGUCUGGCAAUUUUAUCUGUACCAGUGGUGGAGCAGAUGCCACGAUACGCGUAUGGGAUUUCGCCAACAACAGCUGUCUGUGCGCCUUAAAAGAUUUUCCCGGCCCGGCGCUGCUGUUGCGCUUCCACCCGAGUCCAUUGAAGAGUGAAAUUUACGCUGCCGGUGCUGACAAUACAAUAUACUGUUGGGAUUACGGCACAAAGACACUGCUGCACAAAUUGCGUGGACAUAUCUCUCAGGUGACGGGCCUCAGCUUCAAGAGCAUAGCUGCUGAAUGCGAUCAGUUGGUCUCUGUGAGUCGCGACAAGGUGCUGAUUGCUUGGCAAUUGAAUGCAGACUCGAACAGCACCUGGAGCCAAUCAAAGGUUAUUCCGCUGUACAUCGAGCUCGAGGGUGUCGCGCAUAUUGCGGAAGGCGCGCAAGUGUUGGUCGCCUGCCGCUCGGGCAAGGUUCAGCAAAUCGACACAAAAUCAUGGAAAAUACGCGAUCUGUUGGUGGAGACGGAUUUCGAAAUAAGUCGCCUGCUCUACUGCAGCACCAGGCAGCAACUGACGCUGAUUACAACAGAGCAAAAUAUCAUCGUAUACAAUGUGAGCACCGAGAACGAGAGAGCUGAGCUGAAAUUGGUAAAGCAGCUGAUUGGCUACAAUGAUGAGAUUUUGGACAUGUGCUUUCUGGGUGACAAGGAUCGGUACCUGGCCGUGGCAACCAAUAGCAAGCACUUUAAGCUCUACGACACCGAGCAGAAUAUGAAUUGCCGUUUGAUUUGUGGACACUCGGAUACGGUCAUGUCGUUGGCUGCAUCCCAUAAUCUGCUGAUCUCCGUGGGCAAGGACUGCAGCAUACACCUGUGGAAGCUGUCGCACGAGAUUGAUUGCUUCUUGCAGCCGCUGACACAGCAAACCAAUUGCCAUACGGCGACCAUUGGCUCCGUAGCCAUAACACAUAAUGGAGCCAAGGGUUUUGCCUCUGCGUGCCAAGAUGGCAGCAUGAAAGUGUGGCAAUUGUCGCGAGACAAACAAGAUCGCAACAAGUAUACCUUCUCGCUGCUCUAUGCAGCGCUGGCCCACGACAAGGAAGUCAACUGCGUUACAUAUGCGCUCAACAACAAAAUCCUGGCUACAGCAUCACAGGACAAGACGGCAAAGCUCUGGUCGGCGGACUCCAAUAACCUGCUUGGCGUGCUGCGUGGUCACACUCGUGGUGUGUGGUGCGUGCGCUUCUCACCUGUGGAUCAAGUUGUGGUCACCUCAUCGUCCGACUGCAGCCUGCGCCUUUGGUCUAUUGCCAAUUUCAGUUGCCUCAAGCGCCUGGAGCAGGAGUGCACGAUAUUGCGUGUAGAGUUUCUGGAUCAUGGCAAAUUUAUACUCUCUGCCGCCUCGGAUGGCCUGCUCAAGCUGUGGAACAUCAAGACCAACAUCUGUGUCCAGUCCAUCGACGAGCACAGUGAUCGCGUCUGGUCCGUGGCGGUCUCUAGCUGCAGCAAUCGCUACUUCUAUACAGGAGGUGCUGACUCCAAGCUGAUUCGUUUUACGGAUGUUACGGAAACAGUGCGCAGCGAAGCCCUGGAUCAGCGACAAGCCAUGCUGGAGCAAGAGCAAACCCUUCAGUGCCUUCUACACGCACAAGAGCAGCUUGAAAAGGCAUUCAAGCUGGCCCUGGUACUGGACAAGCCAAAGGCCACCAACGACAUCAUCAGCAGCUUUGUGCGCAAACGUGACGCAGUCGCUGUUCGUCAACUGGUGGAUCAACUAAAUUUGGACCAGAGACUGGUCUUGCUGCAGCACGUGAAGGCAUGGAGCACCAACUCACGCCACUCCUACAUUGCCAACCUGAUUCUGCAACAUUUGCUGGGCGACGCUCUGGUGAACUCCACGCAAAAGUUCUACAACAAAGGAAAUCUGGUCGAAACGCUGACCCCUUAUGUGCAACGGCAUUUCAAGCGAGUUUCCGAGCUGAAGAAGGAUUUGGCUUUUAUGGAAUUCAUCGUUAAGUGCAUGUAGAACAACAUAAUUAUCUUUUCUGUUUAUAA